AUGUUCAAGAUCAUGUUGUUCAGUAUGCUGUAUGGUUACUUCGAGGGGCUUUGCAAGCAGUACCGCGAAACUCUAUCGGGCUUCAAACUCAUCAGGCCGUUCUUCAAGCCAUCCCUCGCUGUGCCGAAUGAACAGUCCGUACCACCGAUCCGAGAGAACUGGUGUAAGGUCUCCCCUCCUCAUGUCCAGUAUGCAAGACGCGUACUCAUCCUCCAAUCCGUAGACUAUCCCGCCGAUAUCGCCAACGAUCUCAAGGACUUCGACCUUCCACAGCGCAUCAAGGAAGAAGUAUAUGCAUGCGCAUGGGAGUACGCACGCUGCGUGAUUCCUCAGUACACCAAUUGGAAUCGCUAUGUGGCCUUCAUGCGUGUUAUCGUCAUCGGUAUCGUCGCGGAGUGCAAAGGCGACUUGGUACAGGUGUCAUUUGGCGACAAUCUUCUGGGCUACAACCUCACUGCUCUUCUGGACGAGCUCUUUCAGGGCACAACUGAACAGUAA